AUGACUGAAAAUAACACAACAACAUCGCCUAGUCUGGAUUUAACACGAGAUUGGAACAUAAUCAUGCCCGACAUCCACAUUGAUGGCUUGAUUCUAUCACCAUUAUCGGUGUCAACUGGUCCCGCAGAUGAUCAAGCAAUUGGUGAAAAUGUAGUUGUCCACGAUUGGAACAUAAUCAUGCCCGGCAUCUACAUUGAUGGCUUGAUUCUAUCACCAUUAUCGAUGUCGACUGGCCCAGCCGGUGAUCAAGCAAUUGGUGAAAAUUUAGUGGUCUACGAUAGUGUUUGGACAUCCAAAACAACUUAUCCAUGUGGUGAUCCAAUUGCAACAACAGUAGAUUACACUCAAUUUGGUGUGCAACCAGUAGACUCGCCAGUGAACUUCGAGUUUAGCCCAACAGUUGAGCCCCAUCCUUAA